GACCUUGCAGCGAACAUGCAGUGGCCCGAUUAAACUUGAGCGCAACUUAUAGAAAUCUGGGAAGUAUCACAUGUUCUGUCCAGAUUGAACAACCUUAAUUUGGGCAAGGGAUACUUUGAAAGCAUGAUUUUAGAAGACUAAAAACAAAUCACGCGAUUUAUUUGCGGUUUCUCGUUGCAUGGAAUUUACAGGUGUCUAAAACAGACUGUGGAAGCGAUAAAGAUUUGCCCUAGCUAUGGAUCCUGAGAGACUGAAGCGCAAGGAAGAGAUAGAGAAGGCCCUGGGGUUCAUUCAGUCAUCAUUACCUUUCCCUGACCCUGAAGGUUAUGAGGCAUUUUUGACUCAGUUAGUGUGCAAUUUGUUGGAUGAAGGUAACACGGUGUUUCGCGAUGGAGACUGGAGGCAAGCUGCCAUGCACUACAGUGAGGGUGUGAACGUAGCCCGCUAUGCCCAGUCUGAAGCGUUGGUGAUUCCUCCAGAACUCCUGGAGAGUCUCUAUGUUAACAGAGCAGCUGCACACUACAACCUUGGGGAGUAUGAGCGGGGCGUGCAGGACUGUGACAGCGCGCUGUGUGUGUCUGAGGGCAGUCGCAGGGCGCUCUACAGGAAGGCUCUGUGCCUGAGGGAGCUGGGCCGUUUAAGAGAGGCCUACGAGUGUGGCACUGGCUGUCUGCUCACAGCCCCUCAUGACAGACAAGUUACUGAGUUGGCUAAGGAUCUUGCCACCAAACUUGGCCUGAAAAUCCGGAAGGCAUACGUCAGCCCGCAGGUUGAAUCUGCAACAUCUAGGCCAGACAGUAACGGUGAAACUACUCCUUCUGCGGGGGAGACGUCCCCAAAUGGUCUCGACUCUUUGACAGACAUUGGCUCAGAUUUGUCCAGUGCUCAGUGCAUCCCUGCUCCUUUGGCCACCCCAAUCCCAGUCAGCGAUGAUCCUCCCAUGUCAUCGCUGGGUCCCAUAGUGCCCCAGGAGAGCCCAGAGAGCCCAAGCCAGGGGCCCGCAGGUCGGGUGCAGUACUCUGUGCCUGUGUCUGAGCACAUGGGUGAAUGUGUAAUGAACGAGGAUCUGGACAGUCUGCUGGAAAACAUUCCUAAAGGAGCUGAGGACAGCGUGAACCCUGUUCAGGGUGCCAUCCCUACUAACCUUCCCAACACAGCAGUGGGUCUGCGUGCUUCCUACCCAUCUGGUCUGCCGCCCACCUCCACCCCCGCUUACUUUGGCUCCGCUGUUAGCCCCCUCACUCAGCUAGAUGCCUUCUCGGCGCUGGGCCACAACGAGAGCUCCCCUGGAGCCUUGGAGUCUCUGAUUCCUUUCAGCUCUGGGGCAGGAGACUCUGCUGGCAGGGCCCGGGCUGGCUCGCUAGGUGCAGAGGGCCUUGACUCGCUGUCUGAGUACACAUUGCCAGCAGGAAGAAUCCCUACCAGUUUCAUCCCUGGAUUGCGAAAUCAUAGUGUCAUCCAUACAAAUGGCUUGGCUGCCACCAACCUUUCCCUGUUGUCCCGGAACCCACUGGCGGCCACCCACGAGUUUAGGCAGGCCUGCAAUGCCUGCUACAGCCGCAUAGGUCCUCGGGUCAUGGAUUACAAGUAUCAGCCUGAAGCAGCUCAUCGCUGCAAGAGAGAUGUCCUGCUCUGUCGCUUCAAAUCAUCCGAAGACACCACAUGGAAGAGGAUACGACCUCGCCCUGCCCGCAAUAACUUCCUAGGAGCAUUUGUGCUUUGCAAAGAGGUGCAGGAACGUCAGGAGUGCCAGUACGGGGAAAACUGCACUUUUGCCUAUUGCCAGGAGGAGAUCGAUGUAUGGACCCAGGAGAGGAAGGGAGCUUUGAGUCGAGAGCUCCUGUUCGACCCGCUGGGCACAAACGAGAGAAGAGCGCUCAGUGUCACCCGCCUACUACAGAUUCACAUGGGCAUGUUUAUGUUCCUCUGUGAGGAAUGCUUUGACAGUAAGCCUCGGAUUAUAAGCAAGCGCAGUAAAGAGAACCUGGGAGUCUGCUCCAACCUUACAGCAAGACAUCCUUUUGAUGAUAAUAAGUGCCUGGUGCACGUGGUCCGCUCUGCUAACGUGCGCUACAGUAAGAUUCGGCCCCUGCACCCUCUGUGCCAGUUUGACGUGUGUCGCCAUGAGGUACGCUAUGGCUGCCAGCGGGAAGACAGUUGCUCCUUCGCUCACUCGGUCAUUGAGCUGAAGUGCUGGGUGCUGCAGCAGGAUACGGGUAUCACCCAUGAGGAAAUGGUGCAGGAAUCUAAGAGACACUGGCAAAGACUGGAACAGAAUGCACAAAGGCAGAAGCCCAUGCAUGUGCCUCAUCAGACCAGCAGCAGCACGUGUAGCAGCAACACCAUCAGCACCUCCGGUGUCGGAAGCACAGGGGUGGUCGGAGGGGGCGGGGACAGCAUUGGGGGCGGAGUGUCAGGAGGAGGCAGCUGUGGCCGGAGCCGCGGGCUCAACCUGAAGAUGAAGUUCGUGUGCGGCCAGUGCUGGAGGGAGGGCCAAGUCAAUGAACCGGACAAAGCACUGAAAUACUGCACAGCCAAAGCCAAACACAGCUGGACAAAAGAGCGCCGGGUGCUAUUGGUAAAAUCGUUUGAGAAGAAAAAGUGGGUCGUAGUACGGCCUCUGCCUUUCUCUCGGACGUACCCCCAGCAGUAUGACAUGUGUGUCCAUGUGAUGAAACAGAAGAAGUGCCACUAUAUUGGGAACUGCUCUUUUGCGCACAGUUUGGAAGAGCGAGAUGUGUGGACCUACAUGAAGAACAAUAGUUUGAGAGAUAUGCAACAGAUGUAUGAAUUGUGGCUGUCACUGACCAAUCAGAACCGUCGUUCAGAUGGCACCCUCAUGACUCCACCCCCUGAUGAAAAACAGAAUACUAUGCCAACUGACUACACUGAGUCAAUGGCUGGGAGGCGGUUGUCUGGAAGUGGGGAUCUGUGAUUCCAGCCAAAGCAUUAAGAAGCAGGCCAUGUGGCUACCUGGAUGAGGCUUCCAGCAAAGAGAACCAGCCUUGCUCCUGAUGUGAGUUUGUAUGCCCCCAUUCUCUUCAGUGCAACUCCAGGAAGCCCUGUGUCCUCUUGUACUGCAACCAGCCUAACCGUAGGACUGACAUGGUGAUGGUGAACACAUCCAUAACAUACACGCUUUUCAUUGAUGUCCAAUUGCAUUCAGUAAAAUGCAGACUGGUAAUUUGGCAGCCUUUAUAAUUUAUGGCCAUUUUUAAUUACUAAUCCAAUUCACGCCCAAGCUUCCAUUAAGAAAAGAUUCCCAUUCUGUAAUGCUCCCCCAGUAACUAACUAUUGUGCUUUUGGGGCAACUUUUUGUUUUUGAGCUUUUCAUAUUUCAUUACAGCCAUAUCGGAUGGGGAAAAGUUGUGGGGGGUUUUUUUUGUUUUCUUUUUUUUUUAGGAAGACAUGUCUGAUUGCCCCGACACAUUAUUUUAUGAGUGGUACAUCACUCUGUAUUCUUGCCAUAUUGGCAUAAAAAAAUGAAUGUAUAGCCAGCAAAGGCCAUUGAAAAGGAAUUCAAAUGUUAUGAAUGUGGAAUGUGUUUGACUCCACAGUUAUGUAAUAACUUCAGAUCCCACCCCUACCCCUCUGGCUGUCUUCUCAAACUUGUAGAACUAACGUGGGUUUACUGUGUGUGUGUGUGUGUGUGUGUGUGUGUGAAUCCACCUGCCAGUCUUACGUGCGCAUACUUGCUUCAACGUUCAGUUUGUACUGAGUGAGCUGUCAAAGGAACAGUGUUUUGUCAUGAGGAAGGAAAGUGCUGGAGAGGGGUUUUUUUGUGUGUUUUUUUUGUUUUUUUUUUUCUUUUUCUUUUCCCCUUGCACAGUGAUUAGGGUAAUGGUCUGCUGUUCCAGAUGGACUAGUCUGAGUUAAGCAGUUCAAAAGUUAAACUGGUUAAAGGUCCUUGUAUUUCUAAAAAGAAAUAUGAUUGCUUGAUUGAGCAACUUGAGGAGGGUAAGUGAUUGGAAAUUAUGGACCCUGUGUUACUGGAGGCUAUCAAAGCUUAGAACUCACAGGGCUGUAUACUAAAAUGAGUUCUUAAAUCCACAAGAGUUGUCCAUUAUAACAUCUACUGUUUUCAGGUGAGAAGCCUGAAUGGAGUUGAACUUGCAGGAAAACAGGCAAAUAAGCAUGAUGUGGUGUGCCUAAGCAUUAAUUAUAUUCCCUCCAAAAAUAUAUCUUCAUGGCAUACCUUGUUACAUUUUAGUAAGCCUUGUCCACACCUAUGGUGGACAUAAUGUAUACACACAUACAUAUUUACUAUAUCAGUAUACUACUAAUGAUUAUUGAUAACUUAGCAGUUAAGCUUAAUUAAAUAUAACCAGACCUUGUAUUAAUUACAUAGAAACUCUUGUUAUUGAGCUAUGCUAUAUGACCUGUAUUGCUGAUUAGAUGACUAGUGACUUUUUUUUCCUGUGAGGGUCAUUCCAGAGAUGUUAAUUUUGAGUCUUCCUCCAACCCAAAAGGAAAUGAUUCCAAGUCUACAGCUAAAAGCCUUGGCUGCUCAUUAACACCUUGCGCACGAUGAGAAACCUAAUUCAGACGUUCACAUAUGAGGCAGGCUUAAGAUUUCUCAUGGGUGCUUCAGGUGUAGGGAGCUGGAGGACUACAGGAAUGGAUAUAAUGAAGGGUUUCUGGAAUGACCUAGAUGUAUGCUUCACUGAGAGAUCGUAUUAUUACUACUACUACUACUACUACUACUAUUAUGAUGAUGAUGAUAAUGAUUGCUAUUAUGGCGAUUUCUCUCCUCUUAUAUUCUAUUGAUAUAUGUAUAUGUUAAUUGCGAUGUAUAACUCUCUCUUUAAAUAUAUGUAUCCAUGUAUGAAUAUAAAACUUAACAGUGAAUAGUCUAUGUAUGCUGAUUGACCUUUUCAGUUAAGAGAGGGGGGUUGGUGUAAAUACAUGUGCUUGAGGUUUAGGGUGGUUAUUAGUUUUUCACUCACUGUAUUGUCCAGAGUGAAUUAGAAGGAAAGCAGUUCGGAGCUUUGAUUAAAUUGUUGGCACUGGUUGUAUUGGUGCCUCUGAGGGUAGUUAUAAUAAUGUAUCUUUUGUCCUUUUUGUGUGAGAGGUGGAUUAAAUCUCACACUACACUUUUCUCCUAUGCAGACAGUACCAAAGUCAUGGGUAUCACAAGGACCUCAAAAUGAGGUCCUCUUGUAAUCUGCAUAGAGCUUUGUUUUUGUUUGUUUUUCUCCUCCCUCAAGAACUCAACUAUGAUGAGGAAAAAUUGAUCAUUUCUGUUGGUUUGAAAAUCAUAGCUAUUUCAUGUUUUUCCCCUCUUUUCAUUAGUGUCUUGCUAUUUCUGUCUCUGUGCAGACACCCUCAAGCACAUGUAUUGUCAACUGUAUGGUGAGGAAAUACUAAGCAUACAUAUAUUUGUUUGUUUGCAUAGCGCCUUAUACAAUAUAAACGUAUAUACAAUUAUAAAUACCCUAACAUGUAUAAUCUUUCUGUUUCAGUAUAUGAUAAUUAUAUACACACUUAGACAACAUGAAUAAGGUAAUAGGUGCAAGGUGAUGGAUGUUAUGAGAGUUUCUCUGUUGGCUAUUUGCUGAAGUCAGGCUGAUGUUCGUUGCACAUGCAACUCUAGUUGUCUCAAGCAUUCUCCUGUGGAACGGGGCAACUUCCUGCAGAAUUGUGGUGCUAUGGGUUUUUAUACCAUUUUCCCCUCUUGACCACAGGUAGACAAUCAGAGAAAGCUGAGAGACACAGACGUAGCUCAGAGUAAUGUCUCAAUCAUGAUAGUGGCUGCAAACAGUCAUAUCAAAGGGUCAGAAUCUCUGCUCAUCUGCUGUUCGAAGGGCUAAAGAGAGAGAGAGAGAGAGAGAGAGAGAGAGAGAGAGAGAGAGUGAGCGAGCGCGUGCGCGCGCGCAUCAUCCAGUCAAAACAGAUUACCCACCCCUGUCAUUCUCAACUUGAGUUUGCUUCAUUUGAAUGUGAACAUGCACCCUUACAGGCUUUCUUGGACUAUGACCCCUUCCCCAAACAAAGGAAAGAUUGCACAUGGUUAGAUGACCUUUGUGUCUGAUACCAUCUAAACUGUCUACAACAAGAGUGAGUGAUGUGUUGAUCUUGACCUGAUGUUCCAUAUUCACCCUGCAAAGACUAAACACAAAUAUAAUAGAUUGAUAAUGCUCACAAUGCUGUUUUCUGUCAAGAUUAGUUAUUUUUCAACUGCUUAAGAUAACUGAUAAAAAAAAAAAAAUCAGGGUUUUGAGAAGAGAAAACGAUGCCUCUUUUUGUACUGUAUUUUUACAUUUGUUUGUUUUGUUUCUCCUUUUUGCUCCCUGGUUGGAAGUGAAUAAUGAUCACAGUGGACCAAAUAUCAUGAGUGUUUAACAAUAAACCCGACUGUUUUAGAA